AUGAUGGUAUCGUUUGAUGUGGUCUCCUUAUUCACCUCCAUUCCAACGGACCUUGCCAUCAGCACCAUUAACGAGCUUCUUCAGGAGAAGUACGAUGAAACUGAUCAACGGCUUAAACGAACGCACGUCAUCGAACUCCUCGAAUUGUGCCUCCGAACUUUCUUCGCUUUCAACAACCGGGUUUACGAACAAAAGAAGGGAACACCGAUGGGCUCCCCGCUGUCUGGACUGAUUGCCGAGGCUGUUCUACAGAGGCUCGAGCGACUGGUCUUCCGUUCGUACUCCCCAAAAUUCUGGGCCAGAUACGUCGACGACACAUUUGUCGUAAUCAAGAAGAACGACGUUCAGGACUUCAAAGUGUUGUUGAACUCAAUAUUCCCCGACAUCCAAUUCACAAUGGAAGAGGAGUACAACAACCAGUUGCCCUUCCUUGACGUAAACAUCACAAGAAUGGCUAAUGGGGGGAUCAGAACUACGGUAUACCGAAAGGCAACGAAUACCAGACGCAUCCUCCAAUUCCGGAGUAACCACCCCAUCGGUCACAAACGCAGUUGUGUCAGAGCUCUUUUCCAACGAGUUCAAACACACUGUAAUGACAACGACGGGAGAAGGGAGGAAGUGAAGUACCUGCAUUCCCUAUUCACAGCCAAUGGUUACCCACGAUCCUUCAUACGUGAGUGCCGAAGAGGAUUUAACCGCGAACAAUCUAAUGAUGAGAAGCCGAAGUUCUGGCUCGCAAUCCCCUACAUGAGGAAUGUUUCUGAGGCGACAGCAAGAAUCCUGAGCCCUUUUGGGAUUGGGGUGGCCCAUAAACCGGAAUCCACUAUCAGGCAGCAGAUAAUGUGGCCCAAAGACCAGCUACCUGCAACGGAACAAUCAACAGUGGUCUACAGCAUACCUUGCCAAGAUUGCGGCGCAAGGUAUGUUGGUGAAACGGGCAAACGCCUCUGCACAAGAUUGCACGAGCACCAGCUUGCAGUCAACCGCGAGGAUAAGCUGUCACUGGUAUAUGGCCACAUACAACAGGAGAAGCACAGUUUCGCCUUUGGGGAGGCGAGCGUCAUCGGCCGAGCGAGCGACAAGAUGGCCAGACUGGUUCUCGAAAGUUGGUCCUCAGUUGACACAAUAAACAGAGCCAUUGAUCUUCAUCCGGCCUACCAGGCCCUUCGUACGAGGCUCCAGUCAGCUCGGACGGGGCCGACAGCACUGGCGAACAAAUCGCGGCUCUCUCAACAGUUGUCACCUUCCCAGCAGGGGGAGAGAGCCAGCCGGGUGUCAGACGACCGACGCGAGAUAGCGACCCACCGACGCGCCCAAACAGCCGACCCCGAUUCCCACAUGCAACGGCAGCUGAUCAGCCCGUCAAAUUAUGGGGAGAGGGCCCAAGGGCACACGGACCUAGCAGCGACAACAGCGGCCGGGCAGGGGGCAGAGGUCACACCAGCGCCCCAGCGGUCGGCCACGGAGAGACCCAAGCCAAUCCCCCGCCAGCAGGCAGGUCAGAGUUCAUGUAGCAGGCAUGCCUAUAACACGAGACAGGCGGCGAGACAGAACAACUCUGAGCUAGCAGGAACAAACACCCUACCACUACUCUGA